UCAUGUUUACAUGGGUAGUUAAGUCGCAGCGAACAUAGAAGGCGCAUGUGUGAGCGCAUGCGCGCAGAAAACACUUUGUGCAGGCAGCGCAUGUUGCCAAAGAUGGGCAGAAGCGGGAUGUCCAUGUGUCAGUUUGUGUGACUUGCUGAAUAUCACGGUGUGUCUACAUGACAUAAUGCGUAUAUGUUUGUUCUUUUAUCGAGUUAAUAUUUAGAACAAAAUACUGUUUAGAAUGACACACUGACCUGCUGUCUUGAGGCGCUGCACUAAUAUUCUUCCGGACUACAAAUCCAACUGUGUACAAGUCGUUCUCCGCUGACUCCGUCUUAAAAACGGGGUGUUUGUGUCAAAGGCGAACAGUAUGAUUAAGAAGUGUCACAGACAUUGGGAAAGACCAUGCACAACUGGACACGUUACCUCAUCUUCUUUCAGUACAUUGGGACAAAAUACAGAGGUGCUGUGAAAGUGCCUCCACAUCAGCUGAUAAGGAAAGGGGUCCAGGACCACUUGGAGGAUGCAAUAAGGAGGCUGAGGCCGCUCAACCCAGUAUCUCUGUCAAUCUCCAGCAGGACAGAUGCAGGUGUCCAUGCCCUCUCUAACUCUGCACACUUCGACCUCCAGCGCAAGAACGAUAAGCCGCCGUUUACUGAAGACAUUCUCGUCGAGGCCCUUAAUUUCCACCUCAGGACGGAGCAAAUCAGGAUCACCCGUGCCCACCGUGUGCCUGAUGAUUUCCACGCCCGUUUCCGUGCCCAGUCUCGGACCUACGUCUACCGGAUAGCCCUGGGAAUCUCCCACCACUCUCUGCUUCCCCUCACAGACCGCGAUCUCUGCUGGCAACUCCGCAACACGGAGCUGGAUGCGGGGGCCAUGCGCCAGGCUGCCGCCCUGCUGGUUGGGACUCACGACUUCAGCAGCUUCAGGGCAGUCAACUCCGACAUGCCUUUUAAAAGCCCUGUGAAGACACUGGAUGUGGCCAACGUACAGCCAGGAAGCUCCUUUGUACAGGCACACUUCCACAGAGAGAUACCAUUCUGGGAGCUUACUUUUACAAGCAGAUCUUUUCUCUAUAAGCAGGUGCGGAGGAUGACGGGGGCCCUGGUGGCGGUAGGCCAGGGGCGGCUGUCUGUACUCCAGCUGAAGGAGAUAUUGGAUGCUCGGGACUCUCUGGCCUUCCCACAGGGCCUGGCUGCUCCGGCACAUGGCCUCUUCCUCACCAGGGUGGACUACAGAGAGUCAGACCUGCAGCGUUCACAACAGAUAUCAGAGGAGCAGAGGAGAUAUCAGAACUCAGAGGAUUAAUUCUAAUUCCUUCGGUCAUGCUGAUAAACUGUAUUUCCAAACUACUGUAUGCAAUGAUUGUAUUAAAGUUUUGUAUUUAUAUGUA